AUGAAUGCAAUGGGACAAAUGCAUCGUCAAAUGAUGCAAGAUAUGGAUAUGAUGAUGGAGGGAAUGCUCGGCAGAUCAAUGGGUUCUCCAUUCGGCGCGUUCCCACGCCUCACCCCAUUCGGAUUUGGCGGAAAUCCAUUCGGAGCGAUUACCGACGGAUCGGGACAUCGACCAUCAAACCGCCGUCAAGAAUUGGAAAUGGAUCCGUUCUCAGGCUUCGGCGGACUUCUCGGAGCCAUGGCAAAUGGCGGACUUCCUGCAUCAGGAAGUAAUAUGUUUGUACACUCUACGGUUAUGACAAUGGGUCCUGAUGGUAAACCGUGUGUUGAACAGAAAACGGUUAGAAAAUCUGGAGAUGUCACAGAAACCAAAAGGAAAGUUGAGCGGGAUGGCGAAUCAACUAUAACCAUUGGGCAUACGAUCGGUGAUCGUCAGCAUAUUAUCGAGAAGAAGCGUGACAAGGAUGGAAAUGUCCGAAAACAGCAAAAAUUCAGAAAUCUUGACGAAGAACAAGCCGAAGAAUUUGACCGCGAAUUCGCCACCAGAAUCCGAUCAAAUAAUGGAUAUUCAUCAAGACUUCCAAAUAGCUCGGCAAUUGAAUUCGGCUCACGCUCUCAUCACGCUCCAGCGCCACGAGCUUCCGGCAGCGGUGCUCCAAUCAUCACACUUCCGGAAGAGGAAGAAGGCCCAGAAGUCGGUCAUUCAUCGUAUUCUCGCCGAAACAAUGAUGGUCCAGUGAUUCGCGAGAUCAGCGACGAGGAAGCGGAACAAUCAAUUCCAAAACGCCGUCGCGGAUUGUUCGGCGGUUUCCGUGCCGAAUAA